AUGGAGCACAUGCCGCGGGAGUUCAACCACGACAAGUCGGUCGCCGACUUUUUGAAGCACAAAUGCAGCGGUUCGGUGAACGAGAAGUUUGUCGAAACGCUCACAACAAAGCAGCGCAAAAAAUGGCUCCGAGCCAAUGACAAACAAAAGAGUCAGCUGAUGGUGCAAUGGGACUUCGCCGAGCGUCGCUGGUGGGACAUCCGCAAGGGCCGGUACCCGCCCGCAGAUGAACCCGGUUUGGAAGCGACGACGCCCCCUCCGCCUCCACCGCCGCCUCCGCGCCCCAGUGACGGGCCCCAAGCUGCCGGCAAAGCCGGCUCGGAAGCCGCCAUCCCCCAUCGAAUCCAUGGCGAAGCUCCUCCGCGCCUGCACGACGGAAGCGAGCAAGCGCGAGCUUCUGGUGAACCACGGGUGGACAGGCUACCAAGCCCAGAAGAAGGAGGACCAGCCGUGGGAAGCGUGGUGGUACCUCAGCGACACCAUCUGGGCGUGGGAGAGCGAUCUCUUCGGAGCUGA